AUGUCUUCAAUAGUGAUGCCCUCAUUCCCUGCUGAAAUCACCGACCUCUUUAUCGAUAAUUGCUACGAGGGUUUGGAUUCCUCUUGUGCCACUCUCAUCUCAUGCAGCCUUGUAUGUAAGCAAUGGGUUUCCGCCACACGCCGCCAACUUUUCUCGGAUGUCACCAUCUCAAUGGGUCGCGGUAUCCUCCAAUUCGGAGAUCUCUUCCAUUCUCCAAACGCAACCAUCACGCCCUUUGUUAAGUCUAUGUCAAUCGUCGCAGCGGAUGCGAACCGUCAGACGGGUACCCAAGAGAAAUCGCUUGUCCAAUUACUGUCAAAGCUGGCCGUCGUUCCAUUCCAUUCCUUUUCACUGGAAUUUGCAGAUGGAGAAGGGUCCACAAAGGAACGUUCUCCUGAGCCUCUUUCGACCUUUGCGCGUGACAUCAUUGGCUCUUAUCACCAAGUGGUGGACCUCACUCUCCACUGUGAUUUCGGCACUUUAUCAGAGCUGGUUGACCUCGUCUGCUCACUCCCAUCCUUAACAUUCGUCGAUCUUUCCCCUCGAAUUGAAGAUUCAAGCAUCUGUCCCGAACGUUGCCCACCUGCGACACUGCAGAAAGUUAAAAUUGAGAGGGGCCUUUUACCGGUCCUGGAUUGGAUCUCAAACAUCACGCCGGACCAUUCAAUCUCUGAUAUCUUCCUCGUUUACGCCCUUACAGCUGAUAAUACAACAAAGAUAUCCCAAUUUCUCAAGUCACAGGGAAACAAACUGACUGAGUUGGCUUUGAAGUCAAAGGACGUGCCCAAACGAAGAAAUCCGUUUGGAAAGGCACACAUAGACAUCUCCGGCAACACCGGCCUCCAUACUCUGGAACUUCACUCCCUACAUCCAGAGCAUCUAAAGGGCACCCUUGACAGCGUGUCUGCCACGCUAUCGGAACUGAACAUUGAUCUCGGACCGCACUUUAGAGGUGAUGAAGUGGUCGGCAGUGAAAGGGUGAACGAGAUGCUUUUCGGACCACACUUCCUUCAGCUCAAGAACCUUACAAUUGGACGGAAGAAAAUAGCCCUUCCAGUUUCAGAAGCAGUGCCAUCUUUCGUAGGGAAUCUUCAUCUGUUGGACACCCCACCAAGAAGAGCGUACCGUCUAUUGUUAUGA